AGGAGAGUUUGAAAUCCAACUCAUUUAUUUUCAUCACAUGUCCAUGCAAACAGGCAGGCGCUCUAUGAACCACUGCAGUCUGUUUGAUGGAGACUUGUGUCCAACACCAUCUGGUUGCUAAAUCCAUUUCCCAGAUACGAGCCUUCACUGACUGUGCAAUGUUGAGUGUGAGUCCAGUUGGAGCGUCCAGCUGCCAGUCAAUCACUUUGACUGAAGUCUCAGCUUUGAAUUUUUCUCAUUUAACUUUUUAACAGAGACUCAUGUUGUUUUUCCUGUAACCCUGUCCUCGCCCACUGACAACAAUAAGGUCAGUUAUAUGGUCAACUGUUGCUAUGAAACUUCAACAUGUUUUAUCUGUCAGUGCUGCUGAGAUUAGGUCCAGCCUCCAUGUUUGGUCCAGUGAGGAUUAAAUCUGUUUGAAAGUGAUUUUUCUUAUUGACUCCAGCUCCUGACCACCAAUAGUCUCUGCACGUCCUUGGAAAUGACCAUACGGUAGUAGAGUAAACUGUAAUAUCACGUCGUACUGGGAUGGGCUGGGCAGGGCCGAGAUGGGCUGGGCUGGGCUCAGAUGGGCUGGAUGAUGAGUGGAUAAAUGGGAGUGGCCCAGUCCUCGGCAGCAGCCAGCGAGUGGAAGAUUUGUAACGUGUGUCUGGAGCUGAAGUUGCUGCUGCUGUGAAGCCACACUCAGUGGAGACAGUCCCGGGCUGAGUCUCCACCAUGAACCGCCUCCCCCCACUACUCCUGCUGCUGCCGCUGCUCCCGCUGCUCCUGCUGCUGCUCCUCCGCACUUGACGCAUCCCGUCCGAACUCCGAGCGGCUCCGCUGCGGCUGCAGCUGCACCGAGGAGACGUUCCACACGGUUUAAGGCACCGGAGCUGCUGAAGGACGAAUGACACCGGCGGAUCACCCCGUGAUUUCAUCCCGCUGAAAGUAAGCUGCUGCCGCUGAGCCACUUGAUCCAUGGCGUCUCAACAACAGUCCAGGAUCCAGUCCUACCUGGAGAAGAACAAGAUCGGACCCUUGUUCGAGGAAUUGAUGACCAAAUUGAUAACGGAGACUCCAGACCACCCCAUCCCCUUCCUCAUUGAUCACCUCCAGACCAAGCAAGACAGUCCUGGCAAACUCCACAGAGCUCUCUCUGGCUCCGCGGCGCUGUGGGCACAGAGCUCCCCAGAAAACAAAAACACUCGGCGAGAGUGUAGCAACUAUGAGCGGCCGUGGCAGUUUCACCCAAAGAAACCCAAAAAGUCCAAGAGUGACCUGGCUGUUUCCACUCUGUCUCCUCCUUCGCCAGAAUCUCAACCCUUGCAACGGUCAGUGGAGUACCCAUCCUGGGACUGGAGGGAGAGUCGAGACUUCGACGAGCUGAGCCACAUUUUACAGGAGAGCAAGAAACUGGGCAAGGCCCUGGAGAGCCUGUCACGCAGCAUCGCCAUCUCAGAUGAGCUUGACCAGAGUUUAGGAGGUUAUAACCCAGUAUUGCGCCCCCGGGUGGUGGGUGAGUGGGUUGGACGGGAGGAAGUGGAUGCAGACCCACUUGCUGCUGAAAUGCUGCUCCCUCCUGUCCCCAGGACCAAAAGUGAAGUGUGCUGGAAUAGAGACAGCAGCCCUGCUGGCAGCCUCAAGAUGGAAACCAAGAGCAAAGGGCUGAAGGAGCAGCAGCAGCAUCACAAGAAGCUCCUGGCUGCCAUGUUGUCCCAGGACUCCUUUGACUCGGUCCACAGUCCAGCUCUGUCCAUUACAGAGGAUGAGAUGGAGGACGAGGACGACGCCAUGGAGCUUCUGGAGGACCUGGAUGACCUCAGGAUGGAGGGCGUGACUGGCUUGGUUUCAUCAGGCAGUAAAUUCAGUCAGGGACGAAGCGCCUAUCAGCCUGAACCACAGGCUAAAGUUACACUCAACAUCUGCUCCAGGUGUGCCAGGUUGCAGGGUGACAGCCUAUUGGACCGCAGACCUGAAGAGGAGCGCAGGACUCGCACAUCUGAACAGGCCGUACCUGAUAUCUCCUCUCAGCUGCCUGCUUUGGACACCAUGGUGGGAGGGUUGCAGGAAUGCGACGCCUUGUCUCAAGUGUCAGGCUCUCGUCAGGCAGUCUGGGAGGCUGAUCUGAAGGCUGUGAGAGGUGGGACCUCCAUUGGGCACACAGGACUACCGCUGGGCGACUCCCUCUUUUCCAAGGAGUUGGAGAGCAUGGGCAAACAGCUCGCUGAGGUAGAGAAAGACCUGGCCAAGCUAGCAGAAGUAGGAAAGAUGACCAAGUGGAGCUCAAACAACCUGCACAGUACUCUCCUUCACACCCCUCAGCGCCACAAAACACUGCCCGACAACCUUCCUCUGCCCAGCCUGGUGUCCAGGCCCCAGUCUCCAGCUGCCAGCCUCUCAGGCAAGCCCUGUGGAGUGGGCCUCCCACUGCUCAGCCAAAAGCCCACUUCCUUGGUCAUGGGACGGACUCAGUCUCCCAGCAACCCUGGGAGCAGGACUCAAACCCCCCGAACACCCAGCAGGCCCAUGACCCCGAAUAGUUUACUGACACGCUCCACCUUUAACACUGGAUCUCACAAAGAGGUGACCUUCAGGAGGUCACGAAGCCGCCCUGUGACGCCCACAUGUCAACCCACACUUCCCCGGCCGCUGCUCACCCCUCCAGGUCUAAGCACUACCGACAGCCUUGGUGCCAGCCUUCGGGCCUAUCUGUCUGAGGAUGAGUUUUACCAGCAGUUGCAGGCCGUCCGACAGCCCUGGCACAUUCCCAGUGACACAGACAGCGACAUCAUGGAGCCGGAACAGGAUAAAAGUGGGUCACGGGAUGCCAGUAAAAGAUCUGUGUUUUCAGGCCUAUAGUGACGGAGACGAAGACCAGGGACACUGAUUGAAACAAAAAAUAUGCAAACCACUGGACAUUUUGAAUAUGUGUUUCCAAACAAUUAUUUUUCUACUGCACAGGAAUGAAAAACAAAACAAAAAAACAAACAAACAAACAAACAAAAAGAGAUUGUAUACUUUUUUUCACAGAUAUUUCAUAGUUGUUUUACUUUGAUUGAAUGGUAGAAUGUGAAAAUAUUAAUUUUUGAGAAUGAAAUGCAACAGUUAUUUUUGUUUGCUCUAUGGCAUGCAGAGGAACUUUGAUGUGAGGUCUAGAAAAAAAUCUUUCUCAAGAGCAUAUUCACAACGUGAAAACAGCACACUCCCGCUGGGAAUACUUGUGCCGAUAUGCACUGUUAAAGACAUGUAACGUUUUCCAAGUUAUUUCCAAGACAUGAAAGGUAUACAAGGAAUGCUGUUAACUUAAUAAAAAUGGUUCGAUGCA